GUCUCUCCACAAAUAAACUGUCUCCUGCUCAGUGGUCAGCUCUGGUCUUCAUCUUACUGUCAUCAGAAAAAGAUCUGAAUGAGUUUGACCUGAAAAAAUACUCUGACUCAAAUUCAGAGGAGGCUCUUCUGAGGCUGCUUCCAGUUGCCAAAGCCUCCAAGAAAGUGCUGCUGAGGGGUUGUAACCUCUCAGAGAGAAGCUGUGAAGCUCUAGCCACAAUCCUCAGCUCCCCAUCCAGUAAUGUAAAAGAGCUUGACCUGAGUGAAACCAGUUUGCCAGAUUCAGGGAUGAAGCUACUUUCCUCUGGACUGAUGAGUACACACUGUACUUUAGGCAGUCUCAGUUUAAGGAGUUGCAAUUUGUCAGAAAUCAGCUGUAAUUCUCUGGGCUCAGCUCUGAAGUCCAACUCCUCAUAUCUGAAAGAGCUGGAGCUGAGUUCCAAUGACCUACGGGAUUCAAGAGUGGAGAAACUCUGUGGUUUUCUGGAGAGUCAGAAAUGCAGACUGGAGACUCUGAGUUUAUGGAACUGCUGCUUGUCAGAGAUCAGCUGUGCUCUUCUGGGCUCAGCUCUGAAGUCUAAUCCUGCACAUCUGAGGGAGCUGGACCUGAGUAAAAACAAUCUGCAUGAUCAAGGAGUGAAUCAACUGUGUGGUUUUCUGGAGAGUCCACAUUGUAGACUGGAGACUCUGAGACUGGAGAAUUGCAGGUUAUCGGAGAUCAGCUGUCUGGGCUUAGCACUGAAGUCCAAUCCCUCCAACAUGAGAGAGCUGUACCUGAGUCAGAACAACCUGCAGUAUUCAGGAGUGAAACAGCUGUGUGGCUUUCUGGAGGGUCGAAACUGUAGACUGGAAACACUGGGAUUGAGGAGCUGCAGUUUGUCAGAGAUCAGCUGCCUGUUUGCAGCUCUGAAGUCUAACCCUUCCCAUCUUAAACAUCUGGACCUGAGAGGGAACAAGCUGCAGGAUUCGGGAAUGAAACAGUUGUGUGGUUUUCUGGAGAGUCGGCAAUGUAGACUGGAGACUCUGAGAUUGAUGGGCUGCUGUUUGUCAGAGAUUAGCUGUACUCCUUUGGGCUCAGCUCUGAAGUCCAACCCCUCCUAUCUGAGAGAACUGGACCUGAGUCACAACAACGACCUGCAGGAUUCAGGAGUGAAGCAGCUCUGUGGUUUUCUGGAGAGUCGGCACUGUAGACUGGAGAUUCUGAGACUGGAUAGCUGCAGUUUGUCCGAAAUCAGUUGUGCAGCUCUGGCCUCAGCUCUGAAAUCCAACCCCUCACAUCUAAAAGAGCUAGACUUAACUGACAAUAAACUGAAAGAUGCAGACAUGAGGCAGCUGUGUGAUCUGGUGGAGAAACCAAAUUGUGGACUGAAGACUCUGAGGUGGAAGCUCUGAUAAACUUGUGUAUGCUGACAGAGAGUGACCUGUGUCCUGAUGAUAUGGAGAGGCUGAAGAAGCAGUAGCUUGUGUGUACAGAUCCUGUGAAUGGGAAAGAUCACAGAUUUUUGAAGAUAGAAGACCUCAACAAGCACAAAGAAUUAGAUGGAAAGGUCAUGUAAAAUGUUAAAAAAAAUAAUCUGUUGCACUAAUUACCAUGAAAUCCAACUUUUAACUGUAAUGUAAUAGGAUGAUGGUGUGAUUCAACUUGUGUUAUCGUAAUGAAAACAAAAAAUAAGGAUGAAAAGAUAAAUGAAGGUUGACAUUGGUUAUAAGCUGAUUAAACCUUUGAUCUAUAACUGUACAAUAGGGAAGUGAAAGCGCUGCGGAUAUCUUAUGUGGAGAUGGUCAGUGGAGAGGUGCCAUCAACAUUAUUUGUAUUUACAUGUUCAAUUUUAUUCUGUUCUUUCUCACAAUAAACUUCUGUCUACACCAAAAAGCUGCUGGUGUCCCAGAAUUUUAAUUUUAACUAACACAGCUUUAGGUCCCUUUAAUUGGACCCACAGGCAGAUUUGGUUUGCUGCAGGACACUCAGCUAUCUUCACGUUUAACAAAAU